UAUGCGGAAACAUGCGUCUUAUCUGGUCGACGGCCUGAAGUUGCCAUCAGCCAAAAGUCUGGUGAUUUCGUUCCAUCAAGUCUUGCCCAAGUCAUGAAUACAGAGGCCAUCAACUCUCUCGUGGUACAAAGUUGGCUUGAGAAAGCUGGUUCUACACUGGACGAACUCUUGGAAAAGAAGAAGGAGGACGCCACUAAACAGAAUAAAGGACUUGGGAUAACCAUAUCGAACCCUGAUAUUGACAGCGUGACUUCCAGAACUCGAAGGAGAGGCAUAUCAACACCCUUAGUCCCUUUGCGUGGGUGGCAUCUCGUGGAUCCUAUAUUCUCGAAUGCAUGGGUAAAGGCAGCCUUCGACUUGAACCUCUUCACAGAUGGAACCCAGAACUGGGAAGUGGUGUAUUCAUCACCGUGGGACAUUCAAACCAUGAAGCUGAUCCUAGGAAAACCUAUCCCCUUUGCUGGCCGAAGUCGUCGCAUUGCACUCUCAGCAACGCUAGCCGACGCGGUAGCCGCAGCUGACAGUUUUGCAAAGCAAAAAUUGGCGCCCGGCAACCUGCAUGCCAUCAUUGCCAAAAGUCUCGGAAUCAGCCUCGAGGCCAAGUCGGAAGAGAUGGCUCCCGAAAAGGAACAUAUGCGGGCAUGGUGUCGGAUUCACAACCGCCGGGAUUUAAAAAAUAUCACAAAGGGUGCUGCUGCGGACAUGAUAACUCGCCUGAGGCGUGGUGCAAAG